UGGUGCUUCUAGGAAGGCAAGUAGAAUACAGACAGGAUGAAGACACUCAACUGCUACGUGCUGCUCCUUUGCUGGAAAGCAAUUUGCUGCAACAGCUGCCAGCUCACCAACAUCACCAUUGCUGUGGAAAGAGAAGAAUGUGAAUUCUGUAUCACAGUGAAUGCCACGUGGUGCUCAGGAUACUGCUUCACCAGGGAUCCAGUAUAUAAAUACCCUCCAGUAUCAACUGCUCAGCAGACCUGCACCUUCAAGGAGGUUGUGUAUGAAACAGUGAAGAUCCCUGGCUGUGGUGACCACCCUGAAGCUUUCUACUCAUACCCAGUGGCCACAGAGUGCCACUGUGACAGCUGUGACACUGACACCACCGACUGCACUGUCAGGGGACUGGGGCCAGCCUACUGCUCCUUCAGCCAGAAUGGAAGCAGCCAGUGAGGGGCACUGGGGACAGCAGUUUGGCUCUGAGUGUUCCCUGCUAGGUGAAGGUCCUCACCUUCGGUUCGGGUUUCAGUGGAAAGUAACAGGUUAGGUGUAUUUAUAAACUGCCAAGACUGAAACAAAGAUUUUUAAGGCCAAAAAUGAAGAGCUACUGACUAAACUCCUCUUCAUGCCUUCCUUACUUAACCUAUCAUUUGCCUUAAAAUCAUUUCCAUAGGUCUAUCAAAAAUGCUGCUUCCAAUCUCUUCUGCCUUUCCCCCACUCUUUAUCACAACUUUGUUAUUUAUAUUCCUGUACUUCCAUUGCCUGGUUCACAGGGAUUACUCUAUGCUAUUUUGUACUGCCCAGGUUUCCAGUCUUUGAAAUCUCCUGCUUUUCAUCUCUCCUAAGAGCACACUUAUUUUUCAAAGCCUUGCUGCUGGUUGUGCUUCUGCUAGCUGGACUGUAAACCUCCCUCAGCUGAGAUCCUGACUCAUUUUUCUUUGCAUUGUGUUCCAUAUAGUCAUCAUGCUCUGCCAAUAACAACAGCAUGCAUAUUUAAGAGCCAAAAAAUCUAUGUUCAAACGUUGAAUGCCACCUGAAUUCUUGUACUUUCUCAGUAAGGCUUGUUAGCUCAGCCUCACUGCAACACAAGUAACGUGAACUCUGCUUCAAACCUGGCUAACUUGAAGACAUCAUCAGCUCUCUGUUCUCACCUGAGUGCAGGAUGCAACAAAGAGAAAUGUGUAGCAUUAUUUAACACAGGAGUCUCAAAAACCGUUUAGGGAUGGAUCCAGAGGCACCUGACCCCAGCACAGUGCAGACAUGGGGUACUCAUGUGCCUUGAGAGCCGUUCACAGUGAAUUCUUCAGAGAAUGGAAAUUCACAGAGCCCUGCAGCAACCCAACUCUGCAAAUAGCAGGAUGAAGUUGGGUCUGGAAGUGAGCUGGAGGACUGACUGAACCAGCAUGGGAAAUUACCUCAUGUUGUUGAGAAAAUUAUAUGAAGCCUACAGAAUGAGAUCCUCGGGGGAAAAUGAAAAUUCUUCACCAGAAACAUCCCCAGCACAGGCACAGGAUGGAAACAGUGGAUUGUGCAGCAGCCUGGCACUGCAGGCUUGGUGGUGCCAGCAGCAUCCAGCAGCACCCCAGAGCUGCAGGAAAGUGGGGUGCAAGAGCAGAGCCCACAAGACACAAGCUACCUCCAGCACUCAGCUCCGCACUGAGUGCUUCUGUCUGACAGGACUUCAGAAAGCAUUGAAAAACCAGAGAAAACUCACACAAGGAGAGUGAAAAUGGGAAAAAAAAAUCUUAGGAGAAAAAAGAUGAUUUAAAUAAAUGUGGUUGUGUUGCUCAGGGGAGGGAACACUUUGGGAGAAUAUCAGCAGAACAUUUCACGUGCUUGAAGACUGUCAGACAGAGAAGAGCAGUCAGCUCUCCGUGCCCAAAGAGAGCAGAACAAGUGAUGGAAGAUUCAGAGCAGGCACCAGCAAAUCUCCUGAAAGCUGCAGCCAGCCAGUGCAAUGAGCUGGGAGAAGGAAGGGUGUGAGUGUCAGGUGUCAGUGAGCACCACAGGGCUCCAAACACCUGGAACCUGUCGGGAAUGCCAGGCAGAGCUCAUUCAGCAACAGGCAGGGCAGGGCAGGAGUUACCUGGCAGCUCUGCUCUGGAGAGCCCUACAGAUGUGUUUAUUCAAGGAGGAUUUGCCUGUCACUCUGAAUCUGUCUUGUAAUAGAUAACAAGUAUUUUAACUUAGCUUUUUUACUAAAGGGUUUUCAUUCUCUUGAUUUUAUUUCUAAGAUUCAUGUGCACGGACAUUUUCUUUGGUCUAGUGAAGCUUUAAAAGUGGCCAAGUACUGGAUAAAUCACAUUGGAUCUCACUCAUUUCAGUUUUAAACACGAGUCAAUUUCAGUUAAAACUAAGCAUAAUAAUAUCAGCAAUUAUUCCAUUUUAAAUGAGAGAAUUGUUAAUUACAAUUGCAAAA